AUGGCCACCGAAAGGGCAAAAUGUCAUACGGAUCACCAGUCUGGAACCCCGGUCACAGUCGUGAUGAACUCCUUCAUUGCUCUCAGCAAGAUCAACACGCGCGACGCCUCCCCCACAGUCCGCUCUUCGUUUCUCGAAAGAGAUGUCUAUUGCAGACAGCUGUCUUUUUUUGGUUACCCUCCCAUGUGUCGCUCUCGAGCCUGUAACAGGACCUCGUGGAUGCCGCAGCUGGAUCAUGAUAUCUGGUUACAAAGUUUUGCGCUGUUGUCGCUCAAAUCGUCUUUUAUGCCGUAUAAGCGCCAGAAGUUUGUGACGCGCCCGCUGAAAAGUGGGAGGUUCGACUUCGGCGCUGGUUACAGCGGACAGGCGAGGAGGGCAGUCCAGUCACCUGUUGGUGCGCGAGAGGAUUGGUGCCAUGGGUAG